CCUUCUCUCCCAUACAGGAAGCUGGAUUGCCAACCAGCUAGCUGUCAACAAAGGGCAAAACUGUACGAAACCACCAAAUCAAUGCAGAAGUCGGCUUUAUUGCCGGCUUUGAGUUCCAUCUCCUAGGUUUUAUUUCACCGCGCCGCCAGCUGAAUCUUUAACAUGGCGACGACAGCUCAUCUGUUCGAGGAGCCCUUUGAUGCAGAUGAGUACAUUGAAAGGCUGGCAUGGAGGACUCCUGGGGGAGGCUCCAAAGGAGGAGCCGAGGCAUUUGACCCCAAAAGGCUACUGGAGGAGUUUCAGAACCACAUUGAGGAGUUGAAGCAAUUGGAUGAGAAGAUCCAGCGGAAGGUGGAGAAGCUUGAGCAUCAGUGUCAUCGUGAGGCCAAGGAAUUUGCCCACAAAGUUCAAGACUUGCAGAGAAGCAACCAGGUGGCCUUUCAGCAUUUCCAAGAGCUCGACGAGCACAUCAGCUAUGUGGCCACUAAGGUUUGUCACCUGGGGGACCAGCUGGAGGGGGUGAACACGCCUCGCCAGAGAGCUGUGGAAGCUCAGCGUCUGAUGACCUACUUCAACGAGUUCUUGGAUGGAGACCUACGCAGCGAUGUAUUUAACAACCCAGAGAAGAUUAAGGAAGCUGCUGAUAUCAUUCAGAAGCUGCAUCUCAUUGCCCAGGAGCUGCCAUUCGACAGGUUUGCAGAUGUCAAGGCAAAAAUUGCAAGUAAAUACCAUGACCUGGAGCGGCAGUUAAUCCAGGAGUUCACUGCAGCUCAGCGCAGGGGUGAGAUUGGACGUAUGCGAGAGGUUGCAGCAGUUCUAUUACAUUUCAAGGGCUAUGCACACUGUGUGGACGUCUACAUCAAGCAGUGUCAGGAGGGUGCCUACAUGAGGAAUGAUGUGUUUGAGGACACGGCAGUCCUCUGCCAGAGGGUCAAUAAGCAGGUGGGCGAGGUCUUCAGUAGUCCUGAGACUGUCAUGGCCAAACUCAUCCAGAACAUCUUUGAGAACAAAUUACAGGCACAUGUUAAAGAAAAACUGGAUGAAACUCGACACUCAGAUGUAGAACAAUACCUCAAGAAUCUCUAUGACCUUUACACCAGGACCACAGGAUUAGCCACAAAGCUCACAGAGUUCAACCUGGGCUCAGACAAGCAUACAUUCCUCUCCAAGCUGAUUAAGAGCAUUUUUUCUUCAUACUUGGAAAGUUACAUUGACAUGGAGAGAGAAUACCUUCGCACUCGAGGUGCCAUGAUUCUGCAGCGAUACUACGACUCCAAGAAUCACCAGAAACGGCCAGUGGGCGCUGGCAGUAUUCAAGAUCUGAAGGAACGGAUCAGACAACGCACCAAUCUUCCACUGGGUCCUAGCAUUGACACCCACGGAGAGACUUUUCUCUCUCCGGAGCUGGUUGUCAAUUUGUUGCAGGAGACACGCCAUGCCUUUGAGAGAUGCCACAGGCUUUCAGACCCAUCUGACCUGCCCAAGAAUGCCUUCUCAAUCUUCCUGCUACUGGUUGACCACCUUUGUGUAGAACACAUUGAUUACGCCUUAGAGAUUGGCCUCUCAGCAAUUCCCUCACCUGAUGCAAAGAAUGCCAACCUGUACUUCCUGGAUGUGGUUCAGCAGGCGAACUCUAUCUUCCAUUUGUUUGACAAACAGUUUAAUGACCAGCUCAUGCCUCUGAUAAGCUCAUCUCCAAAGUUGGCAGAGUGUUUGCACAAGAAAAAAGAGGUGAUAGAGCAGAUGGAAGUAAAACUGGACACAGGAAUCGACAGAACACUAAACUGCAUGGUGGGCCAGAUGAAGCACAUCUUGGCAACAGAGCAGAAGAAGACAGAUUUCAGGCCUGAGGAUGAAAACAAUGUCAUGAUCCAGUACACUACAGCCUGCUCCAAGGUAUGUGCCUACGUCAGUCGGCAGGUGGAGCACGUGCGGAAGUCCAUGGAUGGGAAAAAUGUGGACACAGUGCUGACGGAGUUGGGCAUUCGUUUCCACCGGCUCAUCCAUGAGCAUCUACAGCAAUACAGCUACAGCUCAAUGGGAGGGAUGCUGGCCAUCUGCGACGUGGCUGAAUACCGACGAUGCGCCAAGGACUUCAGGGUCCCUCUGGUGCUGCAGCUCUUUGACACACUCCAUGCCCUUUGUAACCUCCUGGUGGUUGCCCCUGAUAACCUGAAGCAGGUCUGUUCGGGUGAGCAGCUAACCAAUCUGGACCGAAACCUCCUGCACGCCUUCGUCCAGCUCAGAGUGGAUUACCGUUCAGCUCGACUCGGUAGACACUUCAGUUAAUGACUGUUUCAACACCUCCCUGAGCUCCGUCCAGUAAAUUAUGCUUUGAUGAGAUGAUGCAUCUUGAAGAUACCCAUUACUGCUUCAGUGAAUGCAUCAGUCUGGCCCUAGCAUACAGACUGUACUGGGAUUGCUUUGUGCGUCAUGGAGACAAGGGCCAGUGCUCCUUGAAUGUGUGUAUUUUACCUUUUUUUUUCCAUUGUUUAUUUCUCCAAGCUGAAGAAAUUUAAAUGUCUAUUGACUUCAUUUCAAUUGUUUUUAAAUACUAAUCUAUCACCAAUCCUUAUGGCAAAGAUAUCUGAAAUCUAAGUAAAUGGACAUUACUAAUUUCUAUGGUUAUCUAAAAAGAAACACUUUUUUUUUUUAUUGUGCCAAAAAUAUAAAUUCUGUGGCUGCACCUGUGCACAGAAGUGGACCCGAAAGCUGCUUUAAAGGGAAUCUGUCAACAAUCACGCUGUAAAGUCAAGGCUGUAGUCGCUCUGUGCAUUGCAGACAGCUACCCCUUGUAAUGAACUGUAGGAAACCAGACAGAGACAGCCUGACUAAGCAUGAGAUCUGAGCUCUGUCUGGCUAAGAGAGACACAUGACCACCUCUAUAACCUUUGACCCUUGACCACAAAUUACAGGUCAAGAGGCCAUCUCAGAGAAGUGUGAUCCGAGCUGUAAACAGGUCUGAGAACCUCUCUGUAGGUUCGGGUGGUCUCUUUAUGGCUUAGAUGAUUGGUGUGAUGGGUCACUGAGUAUCUGUCACUGUAAUUGCACAGAUCAACACUUACUCAUCCAGUGGGACACACGGUCCAAAGACAUUGUCAGUCUGAUCUGCAGUGUUUCUGGGUCAGGAGACACUACAGUGUGGACCUCUAAUGAUUAAGGAAACAAGCUAAAAGGGACUUCUUCACACAGGGCUUAUUAGGGAGCUUCUACACUGAGAAAGACAAAGGGUUGUGUACCUAAUGCCCAAAACUGUCUCUUAUACAAAGUCGCUCUCAUUGUACUGCUGUUUACCUUAAUUAGUGACCCAAUAAAAAUCUGUUGCAUUUUA